CCAAAUUAAAACACCAAUAAAUCUUAAUUGUUUUUAAAAUUAAUCAAAUUUUUGUCUUGAAUUAAUUAAGAUUAAUUGGUGUUUUAAUUAGGGUAAUUUGUGAUUUGGAGAUUCAUAGAUGCAUAAUAAUGAAAAUACAACUUAAAUUCUGAGAUACGAACAGUAUAAAUUCACCAAAUGUGUGUUUUUUUUUUUUUUAAUUCUGCAACAAUAAUGCAGAUUUAAAAACAAAUAUAAACAUACACCGUGACGCAAAAGCGGAGCGCUUGCGUUCUAGAACUUAUUGUUACCAUAUCGACGUACACGUCUUUGCUGACCAUUUCGGGAUAUAUAAGCAAGACAAAUGAACGCGCAAUCCACUUCUAAGGAAAUGAACAGCUACGACAUGGAGCGGGAAAUAAUGUCCGAGGCUUUCGGCAUUUUCAAUGACCUGCGGCAGACUGGAGCGCUCUGCGACGCGGUCAUUGUGGUCAACGGUGUUAAAUUCACAGUCCACAAAAUUAUUUUGUGUGGCUGCAGCACCUAUUUCCGAGCUCUGUUCGCCAGUGGCUGGAACGUGAAGGGGAAAGAUGAGUACAUCAUCCCAGGCAUUUCCCCAGAAGCCAUGAAGCUGGUCAUUGACUACGCCUACACGCACUCCGUGCUUGUCACGGCCGACAACGUGGAGAGCCUCCUGGCGGCUGCUGAUCAGUUGAAUAUCCCAAGCAUCAUGGAGCACUGCAACAACUUCCUGCAGGACCAGCUCUGCCGUGACAACUGUGUUGGAAUUUUUAUAAUCGCCGACGUCUACCACCUCAGCGAGCUGCGGGAGUCUGCAUUCUUCUUCAUGGUGAAGAAUUUCAAACAAGUGGCCAGCUCCUCAGAGGAGUUCCUACAGCUCACUGUAGAGCAGCUUAGUAGUGUUGUUGAAAAGGAUGAGCUGAACGUUAGCCAGGAGGAGGUGGUGUUUGACGCCAUUCUCCGAUGGAUUGCGCAUGAGCCUUCCAGCCGCAACUGCCACAUUGCUGUGCUGUUGCCCAAGGUCCGGCUGGCUCGAUUGAAUGAAGAAUACUUAAUGAAGACUGUGAUUAAAAAUGAUCUUGUAAAGGCCAGUAAGGAGUGCAGGCGCAUUGUUAGCGACGCCUUGAAGGCCGUGUAUGACUUGGACAUCACCGGUCCACCAGGGUCUGACUUUGAGAACCCGCUGACCCGGCCACGCCUGCCAUCGGAAAUUUUGUUGGCCAUUGGUGGCUGGACUGAAAGCCCAGCCAGUCAAGUCACAGCUUAUGACACCCGAGCCGAUCGCUGGGCAGAUGUGGCACUGGAGCACGAGAGCCCCCUCUCCUACCAUGGGUCUGUUUAUUUAGAUGGAUUUGUUUAUUGCAUUGGGGGGACUGACGGAUUAGUCUGCUCCAACAGCGUGCGGAGGUUCAACCCCUUUACGCGGACAUGGGACCGGGUGGCCCCAAUGCAGACACGCCGCUGUUAUGUGAGCGUGGCUGUGGCCGAUGGCUAUAUUUACGCCUUUGGCGGCUUUGAUGGCCUCACGCGCCUCAACACAGCAGAGAGGUACGACCCGGCAUCAAACAGCUGGACCUUCAUCCAGCCCAUGCAGGAGCGGAGGAGCGACGCCAGUGCCACCACACUGCACGGCAAGAUAUACGUCUGUGGUGGCUACAACGGUAAUACGACCGUCCAAACCGCCGAGUGCUACGACCCGGUCACUGAGCAAUGGACCACAAUAGCCCCAAUGAGAACUCCCCGGCAUGGUGUUGGAGUAAUUUCCUUCAAGGAUAAAGUCUAUGCAGUAGGGGGUACAUUCCAGUACCGGCAUUUAAGGAGCGUGGAGGCCUACGACCCGGUCACUAACUGCUGGCAAGCUGUGAAGCCCAUGCAUAACACACGGAGUAAUUUUGGUAUUGAGGUAAUAGAUGACCUGCUGUUUGUCGUGGGCGGCUACACUGGGUCCAGAACCACGAAAGUGGAAUGUUUUGAUGCUGAGACAGGGACCUGGUACGCCGCCCAGGACAUGUGCUGCUCCCGAAGCAGUCUAAGCUGCUGUGUAGUGCCUGCACUCCCCAGUAUGGUGGAGUAAGCUGCCCCUCCCAAGCCUCUGAUUUCCACGCAGGAGAUGAAGCCAUCCACCUCCAGGAACGUGUAACCUCAAGGGUUGGGUACCAAACUCAGUAAAAAUCUGGGGUGCGUUUCGCAAACAACGACGGAAGUUAACAUUCACGAUGCAUCGUACUAUGGUAGUUCAAACUAUCCAACAUCCAAAGUUUGAACCAUGUUAGUUAGUUGGGACUACCCUAGUCCGAACUACAGUGAUUCCAGCGCUGAUUGGUCAGCAAAAACUAACAAACUUUAUAGUAUCAAUGGUCUAACUUCCUGAGAAUUCUCCAUAUUGCUCACUACAGACAGUUACCGUACGUAUGACCAGAAACCAACACAACAAGUAUGUUUCAAACUACAUUUUCAGACAACUUCACAUUAUAUGUGAUUGUAGAGCUAAAUUAUUCCUUAUUAGAUGUUAAAAAUUAUUACAUUUCUGGCUUACACGGUGACUAUACCCUUAUUAGACUGCAUUUUCCACCAUGGCUGACGUAUUUACCCGGAACUACGCAACUUAACGACAGUGUUUGCGAACGUUCGUUUGAACUAUGGUUUCGGGAAACACCUGCAUAAUUUAACGAUGCAUCGUACUACAUAAGUCCGCAGUGUCGUUACCUGCGUAGUUCGAGCUAUGGUUUCGGGAAACACCUGAGUCGUACUUCCAUAGUUCGAACCACGCAAGUUGCUAACAUAGUUAGCAACUAUGGUUUUGGGAAACGCACCCCAAUACCAUUGGAUACUGGCACCGGUUCAAAUGUGAAUGGUACCCAACCCUAGUAACCUCAAGUAAAUGUCAAACUUUGCAUGAGCUCAACGUAUGCUUUCUGAACCACUCAUAUUUUAUCCUUGCUGUUAAAAUCAUUCCCAAAUGAUUUUAUGAGAUAUGUAAACUCCAUUUUUGCUGUAGAAAUUUUGCAAUGUUUAUUACAAAAUCAUAUUGUGAUAUUUGAAAUUUUUCCCAUAUCAUGUAGCCCUAAUAUAUUAUGGAUAAUACUUUAUAUGUCUUUUAUUUCUUUCCAUGCUAUCCACAUCUUGUUGAAUCUGUUAUUCUAACCAGAUCACAAUUAAAGUUUGAGUCUUUUCAUUUGUCCAA